CCCCGAAGCCGUACGUGGCGUGAAGGAGGAGGCAGCCAGGUCCAACCCAGCCCCCUGCGCUCCCUCUCGCUCCCUGGCCCGCGGGUACCGGGUGCCUGCCGCGGGCUGCCGCAGCACCGUGGGGGACAGGUCUGGCAUGGGCUUCGCAGGGGGCGGCCCAGCCCUCGGCACGGGUGAGGGAUAGACGGACAGACGGACGGACGGACGGACGGGGGCGGCAGGAGGCAGGGCUGAGGGAAGAGGUUUGAGCCUCGCCGGCUUCUGUCCGCUGCUGCCGCGGGCCCGCGUCAGUUCCUGGCGCCGGCCGGCGCUGCCAUCGGGACCCGCCGACCGGGAGCGCCGCCGCCAUGAGCCGCAGCUACAACGAUGAGCUGCAGUACCUGGACAAGAUCGACAAGAACUGCUGGCGGAUCAAGAAGGGCUUCGUGCCGAACAUGCGUGUGGAGGGCGUUUUCUACGUGAACGACCCGCUGGAGAAGCUGAUGUUCGAGGAGCUGCGCAAUGCCUGCCGCGGCGGAGGUGCGGGUGGCUUCUUGCCUGCUAUGAAACAGAUUGGGAAUGUGGCUGCAUUGCCUGGCAUUGUUCACAGAUCAAUAGGCCUUCCAGAUGUCCAUUCUGGCUAUGGAUUUGCUAUUGGCAACAUGGCUGCCUUUGAUAUGAGUGAUCCUGAAGCAGUGGUUUCACCAGGUGGUGUCGGCUUUGACAUCAACUGUGGUGUCCGCUUGUUGCGGACAAAUUUGGAUGAAAGUGAUGUGCAGCCGGUGAAGGAACAGCUCGCCCAGGCUAUGUUUGACCACAUUCCUGUUGGUGUUGGCUCCAAAGGUGUCAUCCCCAUGAAUGCCAAGGAUUUGGAAGAGGCACUGGAGAUGGGUGUGGACUGGUCUCUCCGGGAGGGCUAUGCCUGGGCAGAGGACAAGGAGCACUGUGAGGAAUAUGGAAGAAUGCUGCAGGCUGACCCCAACAAAGUCUCAUCAAGGGCAAAGAAAAGGGGCCUGCCUCAGCUGGGGACCCUGGGAGCUGGAAAUCAUUAUGCUGAGAUCCAGGUGGUGGAUGAGAUUUACAACGAAUAUGCUGCCAAGAAAAUGGGCAUUGACCACAAAGGGCAGGUGUGCGUGAUGAUCCACAGUGGAAGCAGAGGGCUGGGCCACCAGGUUGCCACAGAUGCACUGGUGGCUAUGGAAAAAGCUAUGAAACGGGACAAAAUCAUAGUGAAUGAUCGCCAGUUGGCAUGUGCCAGGAUUGCCUCUGCAGAGGGACAGGAUUACCUGAAGGGAAUGGCAGCUGCUGGCAACUAUGCCUGGGUUAACCGCUCUUCCAUGACUUUCCUAACACGACAGGCCUUUGCCAAAGUCUUCAACACAACCCCAGAUGACCUUGACAUGCACGUUAUCUACGAUGUGUCGCACAACAUUGCCAAAGUGGAACAGCAUGUAGUGGAUGGAAAGGAAAGGACUCUGCUGGUGCACAGAAAGGGAUCAACCAGGGCCUUCCCUCCUCACCAUCCUCUUAUUGCUGUUGAUUAUCAACUGACUGGACAGCCCGUUUUGAUCGGUGGCACAAUGGGCACUUGUAGCUAUGUCCUCACUGGCACAGAGCAAGGCAUGACUGAGACCUUUGGAACUACUUGCCAUGGAGCUGGUCGUGCACUGUCUCGAGCCAAAUCUCGACGCAACUUGGACUUCCAGGACGUACUGGACAAGCUGGCUGACAUGGGCAUUGCCAUCCGCGUUGCUUCUCCCAAACUGGUCAUGGAAGAAGCACCAGAGUCUUACAAGAACGUAACUGAUGUGGUUAACACCUGCCACGAAGCUGGCAUCAGCAAGAAAGCCAUUAAACUGAGACCUAUUGCUGUUAUAAAAGGCUAGGAGCCAGCAAGGCACUGAUGUCUCCAGGCCUUACACAAAACUGACUAGAAUUAUCAUCUUCCCACACCUCUUGGACUCUGUAGGAUGCUCAAAUAUCACAUUCCUGUUCUGGAAACACAACAGCUGAAGAUACACCUAUUUUUAACCACUCCUAGCCAUAAUUUUUGCCCCUCCUUGUUAUAUGGCAUUCUUUUCUUGUGAGGACAGGGCAAAGAAAUAAGUAACUCUUGGUUUUUAUAUGCAGUCCUUCCUCCAUUUCCCUGCUCAGGCAGGACUUCAGGCUUGCCUGAGUUGUCACUAAGUGCUGUGCUACAAGACCACCUCCUUCAGUGAAGGUGGUGUAUGAACCAGACCCUGCUGUUGCCACACCUGAGUGCCUGGAGCUCUUUCUGCAUAUGGAAGUACUCUGAUAGACAGGGUAUUGCACUUGUGGGCAGGGAGAGGCUGUCCUGUUUGCAGGUACCUUUAUGCACAGUCUCUACUCUUGCAUGUUUUGUGGCAAUUGGUUAAGAAAUCUGGAGUUGGGAGCAGUCUCCUGCUCAGGUUGAGAGGGGCUAGCUAAGCUUGAGACAGUCUUGCCCCAGCCUCUCCCAUUUAACACAGCACCUGGUGAACUUGGCUCAGGACAAGUAGGCAUUCCACAGUCUUUUGGAAAAGCUGAGUAGAACUGAGUAUGUUGCCUUGAAAGAUUUUGUUUGCUUAAUGAAAAUUGUAACUUAGAGAUGUGCUAAUCCAACACUUAAAAAAGCUCAGCCUGUGAAAGUUGGGUUGGGUAAUGCUGCUCACUGUGUCCCACAGCUCUACUUUAAGGGAGCCCAGUUUCAGGGUCAGGCCCAAUGUGAUGGGGCUUACAGCGUUUCUUUUACAUUCAUUAACCAAGGCUGGAGAGGAAGCUGACCUUCCCCACUGGAUCAUUUUGGGGGAUUACAAUAAAAUGGGAAGAUGGA